UCAAAUCAAAAGCAGUCGUGAGUCGUCUUCUCUCCGCUGAGCAGAUGUCAAGCAUGGAGCUCCAGAACACAGUGAAAGAAGCCCUAAACGCACUCUACCAUCAUCCAGACGACUCCGUUCGGAUGCAAGCCGAUCGUUGGCUCCAAGAUUUUCAACGCACCAUCGAUGCUUGGCAGGUCUCCGAUAAUUUGCUGCAUGAUGCAACUAGCAAUCUAGAAACUUUAAUCUUUUGUUCUCAAACCCUUAGAAGCAAGGUGCAACGAGAUUUUGAAGAACUACCUUCAGAAGCUUUUCGCCCAUUAAGGGAUUCCCUCAAUACCUUAUUGAAAAAAUUUCACAAGGGCCCCCCUAAAGUCAGAACACAGAUUAGCAUUGCGGUGGCUGCCUUGGCUGUUCAUGUUCCUGCGGAAGAUUGGGGAGAUGGUGGCAUUGUGAAGUGGCUUAGGGAUGAGAUGAAUUCUCAUCCAGAAUUCAUACCGGGAUUUUUAGAGCUACUCAUGGUUUUGCCUGAGGAAGUUUUCAACUACAAAAUAGCAGCUCGUCCAGAAAGACGCCGUCAAUUUGAAAAAGAACUCACUUCUGAAAUGGAGGUUGCUCUGAAUAUCUUGACUGCUUGUUUGAAUAUUAAUGAACUAAAAGAGCAGGUUCUUGAAGCGUUUGCUUCUUGGCUUCGGCUGAGGCAUGGGAUUCCUGGAGCUGUGCUUGCUUCUCACCCGCUGGUGCUUACAGCUCUCUCUAGUUUAAACUCUGAGCUACUUUCAGAGGCUUCUGUAAAUGUUGUUUCGGAAUUGAUACACUACACGACUGCUGGAAGCUCUGGCGGUGCUUCUGUACAAAUCCCAUUAAUCCAAGUAAUUGUGCCCCAAGUCAUGAAUCUUAAGGUGCAGCUUAGAGAUUCUUCAAAGGAUGAGGAAGAUGUGAAAGCUAUUGGUCGUUUAUUUGCUGACAUGGGUGAUUCAUAUGUUGAAUUGAUUGCAACUGGUUCUGAUGAAUCAAUGUUGAUAGUGCAUGCAUUAUUAGAAGUUGCAUCACAUCCGGAGUAUGAUAUUGCUUCAAUGACAUUUAACUUCUGGCACAAUCUUCAGGUCAACUUGACUAAAAGGGAUGCUUACCUGUCAUUUGGUAAUGAAGCAUCCAUUGAAGCUGAGAGAAAUAGGAGGCUGCAAGUUUUUCGUUCAUCAUAUGAGUCACUUGUAUCCCUGGUUAGCUCUCGAGUUCGAUAUCCCGAAGAUUAUCAAGAUCUGUCAUACGAGGACCUCAAGGAUUUUAAACACACUAGACAUGCUGUUGCGGAUGUGUUAAUCGAUGCAGCAUCAGUUUUAGGCGGUGAAGCAACAUUGAAAAUUCUUUACAUGAAGCUUGUUGAGGCUGUAGCUAGCUGUGGAAAUGAGGAACACAAUGAGUGGCGUCCAGCAGAGGCUGCUUUAUAUUGUAUCCGAGCUAUAUCAAAUUACGUUUCAGUCGUUGAAGCUGAAGUAAUGCCUCAGGUUAUGAAUAUGCUUCCAAAACUUCCCCAUCAACCCCAAUUAUUGCAGACAGUGUGCUUAACAAUUGGAGCAUAUUCAAAAUGGCUUGAUGCUGCGCCAGGUGGACUCUCAAUUUUUCCUUCAGUCAUAGAUAUUCUCAUGAGUGGCAUGAGUAUAUCUGAGGACUCUGCAGCAGCUGCUGCUUUGGCAUUUAAACACAUCUGUGAUGAUUGCCGGAAAAAGCUUUGUGGAUCUUUAGAUGGUCUAUUCCAUAUAUAUCAUAGGGCAGUGAAUGGGGAAGGUAAUUUUAAAGUCCCUGCUGAAGACUCGCUUCACCUGGUUGAAGCCUUAAGUAUGGUUAUCACAGAACUUCCUCCAGAUCAUGCUAAGAAAGCCCUGGAGGCAUUAUGCUUGCCUGUUGUUACUUCUCUACAGGAAGUUGUCAAUCAAGGUCCAGAAAUAUUGGAUAAGAAAGUUGCUCGUGAGUUUACAGUUCAUAUUGAUCGCUUUGCAUAUAUUUUUAGAUAUGUAAAUCACCCUGAAGCAGUGGCAGAUGCAAUUCAGAGGCUUUGGCCAAUUUUCAAGGCAAUCUUUGAUGUUCGUGCUUGGGAUAUGCGAACUAUGGAGUCUCUUUGCCGAGCUUGCAAAUAUGCUGUGAGAACUUCUGGAAGGUUCAUGGGAAUCACAAUUGGGGCUAUGCUAGAGGAGAUUCAAGGCCUAUAUCAACUACACCACCAACCAUGCUUUCUUUAUCUUUCUAGUGAAGUUAUAAAGAUAUUUGGAUCUGACCCAUCUUGUGCAGACUACUUAAAGAAUUUGAUUGAAGCGCUAUUCAGCCACACAACAUGUCUUCUCAAAAACAUUCGGGAGUUUACUGCCAGACCGGACAUAGCGGAUGAUUGUUUUUUGUUGGCAUCUAGAUGCAUUCGCUAUUGUCCUCAAUUAUUUAUUCCAUCAGCGGUGUUUCCAUCAUUAGUAGAUUGUUCUAUGAUUGGGGUCACUGUACAACACAAAGAAGCUUCCAAUUCCAUAUUGACCUUCUUAUCCGAUGUCUUUGAUCUUGCUAAGACUAGUCCGGGAGAACAAUACCAAUCUAUCAGGGACACUGUGAUUAUUCCGCGAGGUGCCAGCAUCACUAGAAUUCUGAUUGCCUGCUUAACAGGAGCGCUCCCAAGUUCUCGACUGGAAACGGUAACAUAUGCACUGCUAGCCCUAACCCGAGCAUAUGGGAUGAAAGCAGUGGAGUGGGCAAAGGACUGCAUUUCAUUGGUUCCAUUGACAGCGGUGACAGAGGUGGAGCGGACUAGAUUUUUGCAGACAUUGUCAAAUGUAGCAACAGGGGCUGAUAUAAACACCCUAACAGUUUCGAUGGAAGAGCUGUCAGAUGUGUGCCGCCGGAACCGAACAGUUCAAGAGAUUGUUCAGGGAGCAUUAAGGCCCCAUGAGUUGAACUUGGCCCCUGUAUCAUAGUGGAAGAGGGAGAGAGUUGACAUAGUGAGGCGAUUUUGAUUAGGCCUCGUCUGUCGAAGUAGCAAAACUUCAGUGUCUAGUAGCGUUUUCAUCGUGUAUUAGUCAAUUUGUUCACCGAUUCCUUGAGGUUUGUUGCUUCAUUUUGGGUGGGACAGUUGAGGGACUGUCUUUCUGUC